AUGUCUCAGGCUGCGGUAGAGGACGCAUCCCCGGGCCAACCUCCGGAAUCGUCACUGGCAGUGGCGACGUCCGAGGCUGCUCGUCAGAGGCGGAAAAUUGCUGCCUUAGAGGAAAAGCUACAGGUGCUGGAGUCGGGGCAUGCAGUCAAACAAAGGGAGAUCAACUACUACAUGUCGAAAGGAAGGGCUAUCAGACGCAUCGUCACGUUAUUUGACAACAUUGAAGACUUAAUAGGCGAAAACGAUAGGAGGUGCGAUUUGGACAGCGAGGACGAAAAUGUAACUCUCGAUCAGGAACGUUUGCAAACCGGUUUCAUCUCCCUCACCCACACUCUCCCGUGGCUUCACUCCAGGGCUUCAGACUUGGAGUACGAUGAGUACUCGCACAUGCUUAAAAAGCUUAGGCAGUGGGCCGAUAGUGGUCGAGGGGAUGACACCUCAAAGCUCAAGAGCCUGGUCGCCGAUUGGGUCAAUCGCGAAUUUAAGCCCAACCCCCCGGUCAAUCCCAACGACAAAUACUGCCGUGGAUUCAUCAACGACUCGUGUGGCAGACUUCUUUGCCCGACUGAGCUGGAUUGGAACAACCCAAUCGUCAGAACAGGAAUUAGGGAUCGCGCAGACGGUUAUGUUGUGACAGAAAUGUCCUGGCCAGCAUUCCUGUAUGAACAAUACACGGCAGAUCAAAAUGAUCUGGAGAAGGGCCUAUUCAAAAGCACUCUUUUGCUUCAGGCCUUCAAAGCCAUAUUCACAUCACCCUCUUCCACACGGGAGGUCGCCGGUGAUGGUGACACUGACAAUGUGAUCCAGGCCAACCGACGCACUAAUAAGGAUUCACAUUUUGGAAAGAAAGUCAAGACACACUUGCGAUUCGCUCUGUCCUCUGUGAACUCAUGGCGCUCGAUUGACGGCGACUUCGACUACAUACCAUUUUGGCAGAACAUCGUAGACUUCUUCGAAAGGCCCCCUGGUCGAACAGCGCAGCAAAAUGUCAAGCGACUCCUGGCAUGGUGGACGAGGAAAGUCUUCGGAACAAGUCGCCGUGCAGAGCUCAGCGAUGGCACGAAGGCCAGAAUGUCAGUAAACGCUCUCGCAAGACAAAGGGCACAACUAGAUGAUGCCCUUUUCGAUUCAGAAUAA